UAAAAACAUUCCGGCAGCCAGCUACACGUUGUGUGCUAACAAAUCUACAAACAAAUUGCAAAGUUUUGCGCGCACGCACCACCAAAAAUAAGGGCUAGGGCGCAAAGACAAGACACCUAGCUGCCGGUAAUCGACCCACAUCCAAUUAAGGCGUUGCCACCUGAUCGAUCUGGCCACCCCACAUGAAAGGGAUAUACAUGCGCCGCUGAUGCCCGUCUAGCUGGACUGCUCUAUUGGACUGCCGUUUUGCAACACCGCCACCGAACACGCACACCACCCGUCUCGCUUGCACGCCCGCUCCGCCAACGGGACAGUCACUCUCUGCUCAACUCGCCAUCCGUCAUCUCGCUCACACGCGCGCUCGAAAGGCCCCGCAUUGAUUGGGAAAAAAUAAUCAUCGCCGUAGUCUUCGUCGGGUCGCCGUUUUUACUCGCAGUGCGCUGGUGCUGCUUUAUUUCGAGACAAGGGACACACAAUCGAGAGAGCCAUAUUUAAGCAUCAAAGUUCUUGAGGCGCAACGCAGCUUUUGUGUUCGUUUUCGUUCAAUUCUAAGCGAGCAGGAGAUUUAUUGAAAAACCCCAAUUCUGUGCGAAGAACAAAAGAAAUACGCGAGACACCAACACCAGCGAGCAACCAUCCAACCAAACACACACACACACCACCCAGAAAAUCAAAUUUCAAUCAGAAAAUGGCGUUAAAAAGAAUCAAUAAGGAACUGCAAGAUCUGGGCAGAGAUCCACCUGCACAAUGUUCAGCCGGUCCAGUUGGAGAUGAUUUAUUUCACUGGCAAGCUACAAUAAUGGGCCCGCCGGACAGCCCUUAUCAAGGAGGUGUAUUCUUCUUAACUAUACAUUUUCCAACAGACUAUCCCUUUAAACCACCCAAAGUGGCUUUUACAACGCGCAUAUACCAUCCAAACAUCAACAGCAAUGGAUCGAUUUGUCUCGAUAUAUUAAGAUCUCAGUGGUCGCCAGCAUUAACUAUUUCAAAAGUCUUAUUAUCAAUUUGCUCUCUACUCUGUGAUCCCAAUCCAGACGAUCCUCUUGUUCCAGAGAUUGCCAGAAUAUAUAAAACCGAUCGGGAAAAAUACAAUGAGCUGGCACGAGAGUGGACUAGAAAGUAUGCUAUGUGAUGCGUUCCAGAUUGCAGCAGUCCAACAGAAUCAGCAAAUUCAACAUCAACAACAACAGCAGCAGUAAAGGCAGAUGCAAAUGCAGAUGCAUCGGCAACAGCAGAAGCAAAAACAACAGUAAAAGCAACAGCAGCAACAGCAACAAAGAUAACAUCAACAGUUUACAAUAGUCAGAAUCAGAUGAGGAUGAGGAGCUGCAGCCGCGGCAUUGUUAAUGGCAAUGGCCGCCGUGCGGUUGACCACAACAAUAACCACAAUAUCAGCAGGAACUGCGGCCACAGCAGCAGGAGCAGCAACCACAAUACCAACAAUCGCCAGAGUUACAGCAGCAACAUCAGCAAGAGCAACAGCAACUGCAGCAGCAGCAACUGCAGCAUCAGCAACAUCAACAACCGCCUCCGCAGCGGCAUUAGCAUUAGGAACAGCAACUUGGGCGGCGGCGGCUACAACAGCAGCAGCGGCAAACGCCAGCGGACCGGAGGCCUUGCAGCAGCAGCAGCAGCUGGAACUGGAGCAACAACUGGCAGAUUGGUGGCGAACUGGGAAUAAAUGUGUUUUGACCGAACAGAACAGAACAGCAUAAACGGAAAUAAUUUAAUAAUAAUUACUGAAAAAAUUAUGUAAGCAUUAAACAUUAAAAGCUAGACAGCUACCAACAACAGCAUCAACAUAAUAAGUUUAAAUACAAAGAAAAACAAAACUACAAAUAAAAAUCAGCUGGAAAAAUUA